AUGAUGGAGGGUCUGCCACCACUUGCGCCUGUUCCACCGCCCGCAGUCCAGAAGUCCAUACCACGUGAGGACUGGGAGUCCUGCCUGGACGCAUGGAUUCUGCUCCUUGGGAUACGUAUCGAGGCCUCAGACGCAGACUUCAGAGACUCUGUCUGUAAAGAUGAAUCCACAAUCAUCUUCUUGUCUUCGUUUUAUCAACAGCUGGCCACUUCGGGUGUGCCUGGCCUUCAGACAGGGUGCGGAGUAAGAACAUUACGGAAGCUUUGUUUCUUGCUGACGAGGAGGCUUGUGCUGGACGCGCCUACUCCGCCUCCUGAUGUGCUUGAAUGGAGCUUUCUCGCAGCUAUGUGUUGUUGCUAUCCCUCAAGCUCUGCUCUGAAGCGGUUAUUGUCCGAUGCAUGGAGCAGACACCAUGAAACAAUAACAUCUGGCCUUGAGCGAGCAAAGUCGUCAAUCAUCAAACGACUUGCAAUAUCAGGCUCAUCAGACAAUAGUGGAGUCAUAUCGGACAUCCGUCUGUUGACAAUCUUGAUAUCCGCGCUCCCAUCUUGCGGCCAGAUACUCAUGGCUGGUUCCGAUUUCUUAGAUACCCUUUCGGACGCAUAUCGAUCAGAAAAGAGAGAAGACUUCCGCAAAGUCCUUGUAGCCAACGUCUAUGUUGGUCUGACCUCUUUACUGAAAGGCCCCCAGCCGAAUUUAUCAUUGCUCCUUGAUCAGUUAUUCAGCUUGAAAGCUAGCGCUGGAGUGGGUACCUCGACGACAAGAAAGGAGCCCACGAUUCUCUCCGAUCUCAUUUGCAGUUCAGAUUUGUUAGCACGUCUGGACAGAUAUCUCUCUGCGAACCCGCAAAAACGGGGUCAGGAUUUAGUAGCAAGCUUACGUGCAUAUCAGAAUGAGUCCAGAGCAUUUCAUCAUCGGUACCAGAAGCCAAGGAACAAGACCGACAAAGGGAAAGACCGCGCCCAAGGCUUGCCUGCUCCCGGGGAAAUCCAUGUCCACCGGAUGUCCCUGGUGACUCAAGUGCAGGACCUUUUCCCUGAUCUGGGAUCAGGCUACAUCGUAAGACUGCUGGAUCACUAUGGUGAUAAUCCAGAGACGGUCGUCGCACAUCUCCUGGAUGCCUCCCUACCACCUGAACUACAAGAGCUCGACCACACCGAGCAACUCCCCGCCUCGCACACGACUGUCCCGCACGAUCCUUUUCCCCCACGCCCUACCCCUCCAGAGAUUCCCUCUCCGCCCGAACCAGCCCCAGUACGCAAGAACAUCUUCGACGAAGACGUCGAUCUCGCGGAGCUGGCCCGCUCAAGCGACCAAGCAGGCCACGGCCAACUGCGCUUCGGACGCGCAGGCCACGAUCUCACCGCCGACGCCAUCCUAGCCGAUCGAAGCCAGCACGCCGUCAACAAGGCGGCCAUCAUGUCCGCGCUGGCAACAUUCGACUCAGACGACGACGAACGUGACGAUACCUACGACGUUGCCGACGUGGGCGGCACAGUCGACGGCGUGACCGCCGCGACUGACGCUGAAGCAGACGCCGACAUCCGCAUCCGGAAACCCGAUGAUCUCGACAUGACCCUAUUCCAAGCCUACAGAGACAACGCGGCCCUGUUCGCUCGUGACUCGGCCACGCGGCGCUCGCAGCCCCGCGCAUCGCUGAAACGAGACACCGGAAUGACCGACGAAGCCAUCGAAGGCUGGGCAGUGAUGCUGACGCGUGAUCCGAAACGGUUGGCGAGGUUGGAAGAUAGGUUCGCCAUGUCGGCUAGUGGCCCCGGGGGCGCCUUGGCGCAGCCCGAUCUGCCACCGACCGCCUAUAGGAAACCCGGACCGAGAGAGGAUGGUGAGUCCGAUAGCGAUGGGCUUGGGGGCAGAGGCGGCGGUGGACGUGGUCGUGGUCGGGGAGGCCGAAGAGGAGGCGGUGGCGGUGGCAGGGGCCGCAGAGGAGGAGCUGCCGCUGGUGCUUCUGGAGACCAGAACAACCCAGUCGCGCGGCAGAGAAAAGAGGAGAACAAAGCCAGUAGGGCGAACCAUAAUCGGCGGCAACAGAGGGCUAAGAAGAUGGCCCGUGGUGGUGGCAUGCCGGGUUAA